AGUGACCUAGUCGCUCUGCAGCCCUGCGCUCGUCUGAUAAGCAAUGGCGGUCACCAAUGUGGAAAUCCCUUACGCUUAGUAUACAUCCCUGACUGCCGCCAUGGUGUCAUGUGUGCCCUGCGUGUAAGACUGUUAACUUUUGCAGGAACCAUGAUCGACACCUGGAGCACCGACUCUACACGUCGAUAGCUGGAACGGAUUCAGCCGUCCUUUUGGACAAUGGGAUUGUGGACGGUUGAUCCGAAUUUGCCUCCAGAAGGACGAUUAGUCGGGACUGGGGUUCUGCACCGCAGAUCCUGUCAAGAGGCUCUGCUACGCUUUUUUCCCCAGCUCGUCAGUGGUUUCACGGCAGACUACACUAUGUGUCAUAGCCAAUCCCAGCUUGAAAGAGACCGCACGAGCUUGCGCUUAGUACAAGCCCUCCAGACGGCAGAGGGCCAUGGUACCAUAGCCACCUUUCCCUCAUUGGAACAUUCCCUUCGGCUCUAUACCCAAUUAUGUUGCUUAUUUCUCCCUCGGUGUAUUGGCCGUGUCGCUUGUUUACGUGAUUCGACGCUGUCGAUGGUGCCGCCUGGUAUGCCCGGUAUUGCGGUUCGUUUGCUCACUCUAGGUCACUGUGCGGUAUCGCCAGCCCUUCCUCAUCAGUUUGACCACUUUGCGAAGCUAGCCUGCCUGAAGACUCUGCGUCUGGCUCCACCGCUCUAUUGUGUGGUAGCGGUCGAGGGAAAGUGGGCCGUCCUUGUUGAGAAAGACACGGUCAUGCUGAUAGGCUUGGUGGGCGAGACUGACCGGAGAAGGAUGAAACGUGACAGGAUACCGACGUUUCGGCUAGUACCGUUACGGAGAAGACGAUGGGCAGAAGGUGCUUGCACAAUGCCGGUGAGGGUGUGGUGGGAGGACUGAGGUCGCUGGGGACCGAGGCGGGGGCGAGAUCGCCUCUUUCCCAGGUCGGUAGGGUCCCUCACUUGGCUAACCUAUCAGACCGUUUCUUAGUCCGGGCAUGUUCGG